AUGUCAGAUCCCGUGAUCUCCCGGGCAGUUCUGAAUCGGCUGCAGGCCCCAAGCGAGCUCGCCUUCGCGCAGCGCAUUUUGGAGCGCGUUGCUUCAGCUGCUGAGCCCCCCGAAGUUGCAACAGCCCUGGCCCAUGAGGCCCCUCACUCUCCGGCCAGUCCCGCCUCCUCUCCAGCCCGGGAAGCCUUCCUCGAGGCUGCUGCGCUGUCGAACCCUGGGGCGCGAUAUGCUCAGGCGAGCGAAGAGCUGGCGCGCUCCUUGCCGGUGCGCCUUAACAAAGACGCUGCUGCAGCAGCGAGGUCUCUUAGGGAUUUACGCUGCGAAUUCAAACGCUUCAGCGCUCUCUAUGCUGACGGCCGGCUGCUGCCGCUGUCCGUGUUCGUCGAGGCCCUGCAACUGCGGCCCUCCGAGGAUAUCCAAAGGCGCCACUUCCCUUUUAGUGCCGAACUAAAAUUCCUUAGGGAUGAAAUGGUCCAGGAAUACCUCCGCAUCAAACGUGCAAUAGUUCUGCAACCGCGCUUCACCGCAACGCGCGGCUCCAACGCCGGCAGCGAAAGCGCAAACUCCAACAGGCGGAGCUGCUUAGUUUCUCGCUGGGAGGCCUUCGAACGUCGAUGGCUGCAAGAGAAGGAGAGCCACGCGGUGGUAGCGCUGCAGCCGUUGGUGUCGGCUGUUGCGGCUGCUGAGGCAGUGCUGAAGAGCAGCAAGCAGCAGAUUGUGCUGCCGGAGCCCUCGGCUUCAAAUGAGCAAGUGUGCACCUACGGAGCGUUGCGGGCCUUCUGCAACAGCAUAACCGCUGUAGCGCGUGACCUUCUGCCUGUAGAGUCCAGCUGCCUCCUCCUCGAGGCGGCCACUCUUGUGUUCGCUGCCGCCAUAGCAGAAGCAGCGGAUCGAGCAGCAGCUGAGAGAGCCCUGGAGAGGCGCACUCCUCAGCUGGCUAGCACAGGGUCACCUGCUCCCAACCCUGCCGAAUCCUUGGAGGCUCUGCCACCGAGCGUGCAGGCGUCUGGGAGCACAUGCACUGCACGCGCAGGGGGCGUAUGGGCUGACCUGCACCUAGCGGGCCUAGUUGCAGAGGCCCGCGUGAAUGAGGAAGACGUUGUUGUCUACUCUGUCAAGCGGAAGCAAGUGACUGCAGCUCGCGUCCUGCUUUCUCGGUUUUUUGAGUUGCUGCGGCAGGUGUGGGAAGCUCGCCUCUGCCUCACGCACAUGGGGCCCCUGCUGUCCCUCAGCCGCCCUGCCCUCAUGGAGGCCCUUUUAAGCUUCGACAGGGCCCAUGCAGAGUUUCAAAAGCCUUUGCCCGUCUCCCUGCGGCCCCUUAAGGCACCAGAAAACUUCUUCUUCGCUUCGUGUCCCCUCAUAGAUGAGAAGGGUGAGCAGGACUUGUUGGGGCAGUGA